UGUAAGGGCUGCACAGGGGUGGGAAUUGUAUUUGCAUUGUUGGGAGUCUGAGUCUACCUCUGACUCCUUAUAAAUACAGCCUGACUUGGGCACUUCAUGACCCAUCCUCCUGGACAUGAGGUGGAUACUGCUCUUCGGGACCCUUGUAGGGUCUAUCUAUGGCAAGAACAAUUUUAAUGGGCACCAGGUUUUUCAAAUUAAAGUCCAGGAUGGAAAUCAGAUUGACAAACUGAAAGAGCUGAGCGACAUGCAGAACUCUACGCUCAAGUUUUGGAACCUGCCAGUCGCCCCUGAGCAUCCUGUAAAUGUUGUGGUUCCACCAGCCAGUCUGGAACUGGUCAAAUCCUUUCUGGAAUCCCAUGGCUUAGAAUAUUCAGUCUUGAUUAAAAACCUGCAGGCUCUCUUGGAUAAGGAAAUUAAAGAAAUGAAAUUCAAUAGAAGAAAAGAAAAGCGUGAUGCUAACUUCAACUAUGGGGCCUAUCACAGCUUGGAUGAGCUUUAUGGUGAGAUGAGCAACAUUGCUUCUGAAUACCCCAAUCUAGUGAGCCUUCUGAAGAUGGCUAAUUCUUUUGAAAAACGACCAUUGUAUGUACUAAAGUUCAGCACUGGGAAUGUAGAUGGACCUGCCAUUUGGCUGAAUCAUGGAAUUCACUCCCAGGAAUGGAUCACCCAGGCUACAGGAAUAUGGAUAGCCAGAAAGAUUGCCUCUGACUUUUAUGGAAAUAAGCCAACCAUCACCUCCAUCUUGAAUAAAAUGGAUAUCUUCCUAAUGCCAGUGGCUAAUCCUGAUGGAUAUGUUUAUUCUCAAACCAAAGAUCGCUUCUGGAGGAAGAACAGAUCCCAAAUUCCUGGACAUAUAUGUGUAGGAGUUGACCUAAGCAGGAACUGGGAUGUAGCCUUCUCUAUGGGCAAUCAGGAUCCCUGUUCUUCAUUUUACCAUGGGCCCAAUCCUCAUUCAGAAGUAGAAGUGAAAUCUGUGGCCAAUUUCAUCAAAAACCAUGGGAAUUUCAAAAGCUUCAUUGAUUUCCACAACUCAGCACAGCUCCUGAUGUAUCCUUACAGUUACACAAGAAACAAGUGCCCUGACUUUGAUGAACUGGACAAGCUUGGAAAAGAUGCAACAAAACCCCUAAACUCCUUGUUUGGCACCAAGUAUAAAGUGGGAUCUGUCUAUGAAACUCUAUACUUUAUCAGUGGCAGCAGCACAGACUGGGCUUAUAAAAAUGGAGUUAAAUACGUGUUCACUUUUGAGCUGCAAGACACCGACAAAUAUGGCUUCCUUCUGCCAGCUGAGCAGAUCCUCCCCAUUGCCGAGAAGACCUGGAUGGCCCUAGAAGUGAUCAUGAUGUACGUUAAGGAUCACCUCUACUAGAGAACCGCCUCUGAUACUGAAGGACAGAAGGAUAUGCUUAGGAAACUGCUACUUGUACUUGUGGUCUCGUUGUCUGUCAUCCAUUCAGCCAUGAAUUCUAUCAGAUGAUGUCAUCAAGGCAUAAUAUUAUUAUGUUCUAUAUUGUGACAUGACCACUGAUUAUCCCAGAAUAUUAGGGUGAAUGCUUCACAUGGCCUCCCUCCCACAUGAACACCCGACACGGAUA